GAGCCCGGUGCAUGCCGGGAUAGGCCUCCCGCCCCGCUGGGUGCCCGGCGAUGAUGGGGGCUCUCGGGCUCCGGCUCCUGCUCCUGCUGGUACCGGCGAGCGGUUCGGCGGCGCCCGCCUGGGACCCAGCCGGUUACCUGCUCUAUUGCCCCUGCAUGGGGAGAUUUGGGAACCAGGCAGAUCAUUUCCUGGGCUCCUUGGCGUUUGCCAAGACUCUGAAUCGUACCCUGGCUGUGCCUCCCUGGAUCGAGUACCGACACCACAGGCCUCCCUAUACUAACCUGCAUGUUUCCUACAAGGAAUACUUCAAACUGGAACCUCUCUUAGAAUAUCACCGGGUUAUCAGCUUGGAGGACUUCAUGAACAGAUUAGCACCCAUUCACUGGCCCCCUGGCAAGCGAGUGGCUUACUGCUUUGAAGCAGCAGCUCAGAGAAGCAGUGACAAAAGGACUUGUCCCAUGAAGGACGGAAAUCCCUUUGGUCCAUUUUGGGAUCAAUUCAACGUGGACUUCAAUAGGUCUGAGCUCUUCGGGGGCAUUUCUUUCAGUCUCUCUUACAAGGACCACUGGAUCCAAAGGUUUCCACCAUCAGAACACCCUGUUCUUGCCCUACCUGGAGCUCCAGCCCAGUUUCCAGUCUUAGAGGAGCAUCGGCCUCUGCACAAGUAUGUUGUGUGGUCUGAUGAGAUGGCGCAGAAGGGAGAGGCCUAUAUUCAUUCUCUCCUGGUUAGACCCUAUGUAGGAAUUCAUCUGCGGAUCGGCUCUGACUGGAAGAAUGCAUGUAAUAUGCUGAAGGAUGGGACGGCUGGAUCACACUUCAUGGCUUCGCCACAGUGCGUAGGCUAUGACCGAAACAACGCUGUGCCUCUCACAAUGGACAUGUGCCUGCCAGACCUGAAGGAGAUCAAGCGUGCACUCAAGCUCUGGGUGAAGAAGGUGGAAGCUAAGUCUGUCUACAUUGCCACGGAUUCUGAGCCCUACACUACAGAAAUACAGCAGCUUUUCAAAGGAAAGAUCAAAGUGGUGAAUUUGCAGCCCGAAGUGGCCCAGAUAGACUUGUAUAUCCUUGGCCAAUCUGACCAUUUUAUUGGGAACUGUGUCUCUUCAUUUACUGCCUUUGUGAAACGAGAACGUGAUGUGCAUGGGAGGCCCUCCUCAUUUUUUGGCAUGGACCACCCCCCAAGGCUGCGGGAUGAAUUCUGAUCAGGAGAGGAAGAGGCAGAUUUUGAUUGUUCUUAUAGCUCUGAACACUAAUGCACCGUCAGCAGACACACCAUGAUAAAAAUGUCAUCUUAGGACAUUCAAUUCCACUAUGACAGGCCUGUUCCCAUACCUUCAUCCUGGCCUCACAUUAAUCUUUGGAUUCAUUUCUGAUCACCUUCUCAGUAAUUCCAUGAUGCCAGCAUAAGAUGAGAAAUGGAAAAUGAAUUUUAAACCAUGGGGUGACCUCUUGUAGGAAACCUUCCAUUCUCAUUAUUUGGGACUUAUCAGCCACCACAAUCAGAUAGCAGCUCAGAUUCCCCUCUCUUCAUUUCCCAUAUCUUACUGUUUGUCCUGCAAGUGCUGGGAAGCAUCUUGUGAUGCACCUUGGAUGACAGGUGCUCGAGAAGUGCAAACUAGUAUUACAAGGGAGUGUGGUCCAUGAAAAGGAACAUUGCCUAAAACUUAGAACUGAGCAUCAGAAGAUCUGAGUUUUAUUUCGAGGAUUGCUGCUGUCCGAUAUGGGCAAGUCACCUCUGUGCCUCAGUUUCCCAUCUGUAAAAUGGGUUUAAUACUACUUCUACCUCACAGGAGUGUUGAGACUAAAUUUAAUAAUGUCUGUAAAUUACUUUGAGCUUUCCAAAGGGUGCUGCAGAAGUAUGGUGAAGUUAUAUCAUAAUGACACAGUUGUCUGUUUAGUACCAGCGCUGACCAGGGCACACAGAACACUGAUGGGGCAA